AAGUUGAAAGCUACUGAUAUUCAGACAUGUCUAGGGUGUCUUACUGUCAAUAUGAUUCAAAUGUAGUUACUAUAAUAAUUCAUAGAAAUCAAAGUGACGUGAAAAGCAUCUAGUUAACGUUGCUUUUGUGAUUAAUGUUCAAAAAACUUAACAAACUAUAAAAUAGUUAUCUUCCAUGAAGAUUCCAUAAAAGUUUUAUGUUAUAUAACCUAUUUCUAAGUAGGUUAUAUAUAUACAGUAUUUACGUUAUUAGUUCAGUGUCAUCCCAUAUUAAAAAUCAAUAAUGAUUGGUACAAUUAUGAUAAGUUCAUUAAAACAAAUUAAAGCUUCUAAAACGAAUUAUACACUAAGAAUGAAAUGGUUUAUUAAAAAAUUCGCACGAUGUAACAAUGUAGGAAUUUAUAAUUUUCAACAAUGUCAAACAGUGUAUACGACUUUUACUCGAUUGGAAAUUGAAAGAAAUAAAGAAAUUGAAAGAAAAUCUUCUGAUUUGAAACACUUUAGAGAUUUGUCAAAAACUGGACCAUCGCUCAAAGAUUUCUUGGCAUCUAAAAUUGAAGUUUCUAGUGAAACUAUUAGCGUACCAAAUAUUCCUUAUAUACAAAAUAUUGAUGGAUCUGAUCAAAAGGUUUACUUCGAAGUUUAUGGCUGUCAAAUGAAUGUAAAUGACGCAGAGGUAAUCUGGUCUAUUCUAAAAUCUAAUGGUUACAGAAAAGUAAAUAAUAUAACAGAAGCUAAUAUAAUUCUAUUAAUCACAUGUUCCAUUAGAGAUAAUGCAGAACAGAAAGUAUGGGACAAGUUAACUAAUUUAAAUAUUGGAAGGAAAAAGAAUAAAAGUUUUCCUGUGAAAAUUGGUUUGUUAGGAUGUAUGGCAGAACGAUUAAAGGAUAAAAUAUUAGAAAAGGGCAAACUCGUUGAUGUCAUAGCUGGACCAGAUAGUUACAAGGAUUUACCAAGGCUAUUGUCUGUACCAAACAAUGAAACUGCUAUUAAUGUUGUUUUGUCAUUUGACGAAACAUACGCAGAUAUUACACCAGUGAGAUUAGAUCCAAGUUCCACCAGAGCAUACGUCUCCAUAAUGCGUGGUUGCGAUAACAUGUGCACAUACUGUAUCGUACCAUUCACAAGAGGAAGGGAAAGAUCAAGACCAAUCGACAGUAUAGUGAAAGAGGUUCAAUCUUUAUCCGAUAACGGCGUAAAGGAAGUGAUACUUCUUGGGCAGAAUGUAAAUAGUUAUAGAGAUACAUCUCAAUCGGAAUUCUAUGUUAAUAAUAACAGAGAAACACAUUUAGCAAAAGGUUUCAAAACAGUAUAUAAAAACAAAAAAGGAGGACGUCGUUUCGCUGAGUUACUAGAUGAAGUGUCUUGUAUCGAUCCAGAGAUGAGGAUCAGAUUCACAUCGCCUCAUCCGAAAGAUUUCCCAGAUGAAGUUUUACAAUUGAUAGCGGAAAGGCCGAAUAUUUGUAAACAAAUUCAUUUACCUGCUCAAAGCGGUAAUUCCGUGAUUUUGGAAAGAAUGAGAAGAGGAUACACGCGCGAAGCAUAUAUAGAUUUGGUGCAUCAUAUACGUGAAAUUAUUCCCAACAUGUGUUUCUCUAGUGACUUUAUUACCGGAUUUUGUGGAGAAACGGAAGAGGAAUUUCAAGAUACAUUAUCAUUGAUAGAACUAGUGAAAUAUAAUAAAGCCUUUUUUUUCUCUUACAGCAUGCGUGAGAAAACGACUGCACAUCGUCGUUACAAGGAUGACGUACCACCGAGUGUUAAACAAAAUCGGUUGGAAAGAAUGAUAUCAACAUAUAGAACGGAGGUGGAAAAUGUAAAUAAAUUACAGAUUGGACAAUUACAGCUUGUGCUUGUAGAGCAAGCCAGUAAGCGGUCAAAUGAAAAUUUUCAAGCAAGGAACGAUGGUAACACGCGAGUAAUAAUUCCCUCCAUGACUAUACCUACUGGAAAAUACUCAAACGACACGAGAUCAAUAAAAAUUGGUGAUUACGUUGUUGUAAAAAUUGAGGCUGCUAAUUCGAAUUCAUUAACAGGCACGCCUCUGUAUCAUUCGUCGAUAGCAGACUAUGCAUUUCUGUCUAUGUCAUAAAUAAAUGUAGAAUAUAAUAUUCAGA